UUAAAGGUAAGAAUCAUUUUUGCAAAAAAAAUAAAGAUGAUGGGUUUUUUUUGCAUUAUUGUUUCGAAUCGUCAGCCCUAAUUACUGUAGAAAGACAGAUAUAAAAUCUGGGGAAGGGUUAACGAGAAGUCUCUCUGCGUCUCCCUCAUCUUGCCCUAGUCUCUUAAGCAAGCUCCUUGGAUCUAUCUAUAUUUUUGUGCAGAGAGAAAAUGGAGGAGGAGAAGAAGAGUUUCAAGAAGAUGACGAGUGUGUUUCCUAAGAAAGAGGAUUUUGAUGAAAUUAUUCUUGGUGUCGAGCAGUAUUAUAAGAUAAGGCCUGUUGUCCCAAAAUUUAAAAGAUCUUUCCGUCGCCAUUAUGCAGAGAAAGUAAGGGACGCAAGGAAUCUCAUGUUGGAUAAGCUCAUUCUGUAUUCCAACGAGCUUCCUACCGAUUACAAUGAUGAGCUUCUCUAUCAACGCUUCCAACCAUUUCACUGUAUCCUCGCUCGAGACCAACUGCGUCGUGCAGUGCAAGUGAUUGGCCAGAUGGCCUCUUAUUUUAUCCGGCUACUGAAGAAGGAUGAGUGUGAUUCACUGGACCAGUGCAAGCGCCUCAAGGUGACUGCUCUUGGGUGUAUGUAUACUGUUGCAAUGAGGUGCCUUCCUAGCUUGGCUUUUCUCGACAGGAUCAGGCAGUACAUGGCAAAUUUGGAAGAUGAUGAGAAUGCUUCUACUGCUACUGCUACUGCUACUCUGACGAUCAAGACAGACCAAGAUGUCUUGGCUGAGGAACGCUGCACAGUCCCUAACUACUUUGAUGCUCAUAAGCUUGAUGGCUUUGUUGAUCCAGAAACUAUGUCUUGGCUUUGGGAGUUGGAAAGUAAACAUGGCGCCCUGCUCCAAGAUGAUGUUCAAGUGAUGAGCAGCAUGGAAGCAUUGGUGAUUUAAAAGCCCUUCAUUUGCAUACAUAUAUCCAUCAAGCUGUUCAAGAAUCAAAUUAUCUCCCCAGCUCUUAGAUAUUUUAUUUUUAUUAUGCUAUGCUUGUUUGCGGAUCUAAUGUUUGGUGUUUCCUUGUGUUUAAAAACCUUGCGAGUGAAUGUCUUGGUGCGAAUAAUUCUGCAAUGACUCGUUGCUUAUCCGUGUGUGCACAUUUAUACAAGAAAGUUGCCAACA